GUCACUUCCUUUAAUCCUCCUGUUCAGGACAGAGAGACGUACUGGAGAAGUUAAUCAAGAUAUACAGGCUUUAUUUUGUACUUUACAAAAGCCAGACUAUGUUUUGAUUAUUCAAGUCCUCUAUUACGCUUAAAAACUUAAAAAAAACAAAAAAAAAUUAGUAAAAUUGUAUAAAAUAACAAAAAAGUUAAAGUGAAACGUGUUCGACACUGAACAAGCUGUUGUAAGAUCCAAAGCUACCCGCCAUAUUUUAUUCAGAGAAUAGCAAGUUAGCCGUUGAUACAGAACAAGAUGAAUCCGACAACAACUUACCCCAUGGCAUCACUUUAUGUCGGUGAUCUUCACCCAGAUGUCACAGAAGCUAUGUUGUUUGAGAAAUUCUCAACUUGCGGACCUGUGCUUUCUAUUCGUGUCUGCAGAGACAUGAUCACGAGAAGGUCUCUUGGCUAUGCUUAUGUGAACUUUCAGCAGCCUCAUGACGCUGAGCGUGCAAUGGACACCAUGAACUUUGACACGAUUAAGGGUCGCCCAAUUCGGAUCAUGUGGUCUCAGAGGGACCCCUCCCUGCGUAAAUCAGGCGUUGGAAAUGUUUUCAUCAAAAACUUGGAUAAAAGUAUCGACAACAAGGCUUUGUACGACACUUUCUCUGCUUUCGGCAAUAUUUUAUCGUGUAAAAUUGCUUGUGAUGACCAUGGCUCAAAGGGAUAUGGGUUUGUGCAUUUUGAAACGGAGGAAGCUGCGCGCCAGUCCAUCGAGAAAGUCAAUGGCAUGUUGUUGAACGACAAAAAAGUGUAUGUCGGCCGAUUCAUCCCCCGCAAGGAACGUGUGAUGCAGAUGGGUGACAAACACCGCAAGUACAACAAUGUCUACAUCAAGAACUUUGGAGAAGAGCUUGAUGACGAUAAAUUGAGAGAAAUGUUUGUCCAGUAUGGCAAGAUCAUCAGCGCAAAGGUGAUGUUUGAUGGUAGCGGAAAGUCCCGUGGAUUUGGAUUUGUCAGCUUUGAAGAACCUGAAGCUGCUGAGCAGGCUGUCACAGACCUCAACGGCAAGGACGUGGGCGGCAAGCAGCUGUACUGCGGCCGAGCACAGAAGAAGGCGGAGCGUCAGGCGGAACUGAAGGAGAAGUUUGAGAAGAUCAAGCUGGAACGGAUCAACCGCUACCAAGGUGUGAACUUGUAUGUGAAGAAUUUGGAUGACGGAGUGGACGACGAGAGACUGCGCAAGGAGUUCUCCCAGUUCGGAACCAUCACCAGUGCCAAGGUGAUGGGAGAUGGAGGCAGGUCCAAAGGCUUUGGCUUUGUGUGCUUCAGCUCACCCGAGGAAGCUACCAAGGCUGUGACCGAGAUGAACGGGCGCAUCAUUGUGGCCAAGCCUUUGUACGUGGCUCUAGCUCAGAGGAAGGAGGACCGGCGGGCUCACCUGGCCACCCAGCACAUCCAGAGACUGGCCACCAUGAGGCAGCAGAACGUCCAGUACAAUCCACUGUUCAGUGGUGGGGCUGGCUACUUCGUGCCCACCAUGCCCCAGGCUCAGAGAGGCUUCUUCACACCGGCCAACAUGACCUCCAUCCGACCCGCCCGCGCCCCCUGGGGGCAAAGCAUUCGACCCAACCAGGCUGCCGGAUUCCAAGCCAUGCCCAGCCAGAUCCGCACCCGGCCCCCGACGGCUCAGACCCAGAUGCGGCCCAACACGGUCAACUCUCGACCCAUCACUGGACAGCCCGGCGGUGGCCCCGCCCCUCGCGGGGUGGCCAUGCCCAACCUGGCGCGUCCUCAAGGGCCGUCUAUGGGCCAGCCUGGCGCGCGCCCGACGGGCUACCCCGGCCGUGGCCAGGGAAUGGCAGGCCAGCCUGGACGCCCAAUGCCCCAGCCCCAGCAGUCUGUGGUCAUCCCCGGCCAGGACCCGCUGACCGCCUCUAUGUUGGCCGCCGCCCAGCCCCAGGAGCAGAAGCAGAUGUUGGGGGAGCGCCUGUUCCCACUGAUCCAGCGCAUGCACCCCGAGCUGGCGGGUAAGAUCACCGGCAUGUUGCUGGAGAUCGACAACUCUGAGCUGCUGCACAUGUUGGAGUCCCAGGAGUCGCUCAAGCUCAAGGUGGAAGAAGCUGUCGCUGUCCUCCAGGCCCACCAGGCUAAGGAGCAAGCGUCCACCAAGAAGGACUAGGUGUAGCGGGCCACGCAGGCCAAGCCACGGGGGCCACGGUGGUGGGAUGGGCCAGUGCUGCCACUGAAGUGACAGAAUGGAGCCACCUCCCACCUGUUUUCUCUUUGACUGCGCCUCCCAACUUUUGGCUCAUGGUUUGGACUGUUCUUCUCUCAGAUUGUGUCCUGUAACGGUUUUUUUUUGGUUCACAUAUUGUUUUGGUUUAUUUCAGUGUUGUAACCUUGUGUGUGCGUUGGAAAAAAACAACCCUUUCUCUCCCCCCCACCCCCACCCUGGAGUUCAGAGCCAGUUGUUGGGGAGAGGGGUGUGUAUGGAGUAGUACACUCCUCAUGAUGGGGGGGACCAAGCCGCGCACACACUGCCAGAUCACGGUCUCUUUAGCCUGAGUCUCUGUGGACUUGGUCAGUUGUCAGUUUUUUAUCUGUCCGGGAGAUCUGUGGUCUGGGCGUCUUUUCUCCGUCGGUCAGACUCAAAGUCUGGCUGGGUCGGGGACUUUAUCUUGUAUUUCUUUUAUGUUACAAUUAACCUUUUUUCUUUUCCCUCUUUUAAAAAAAAUUUUUGGAUAGGUCAUCCACUUACAGUUACGGCGUUAUUUGGGUUUGAUCAAUUCUUUUAUGUCAUUUUGGCGGUUUGUGGAACAGCUGUCAGUAGAUCUGCUUUCAGCGAGCUGUUUGCUCCACUGCAUUGACACACCUGUCACUGCUUUACUGCAUUGACACGCCUGUCAUUGACACACCUGUCACUGCCACUCCAAUGUUGUGUCCUGGUGCAAGCAGCCCUGUGUCACUUGUCCUCCCUCCUCUGUCCUGUCUGUCCUCGUAGCACAUCUUGGCGGGCGGGCUCCGGGCACCUUGCCUUGGCCCCCACCCCACAGACACACAGAUGACAGGAUCCCCACUGCCGUUCAUGUGUCCACGUUGUCACAAGCCAGCCAGACGGCUCGCUCAGCAGACUCCUCCCAGCGCCUCCCCCCUCUCCUCCCCUCCCCUCGCCUCCUCCCUUGCCCCUAGCUCCACUGGCCUUUGUCUCCCAGUACAAGUGUGCUGUACCAGCCCUCUUCACAGAUUUCUUCUUUGUCUGUGGCACCCUGAAAUAUUGGGCUCCAAUUACCUGACGCAAAAAAUGUUCCUUACAUUCUGAAUUUUUUUAUAUUCCACCCUCCCCCCAACAGAUUUGUGGUUCAAAAUUUUGGGUUUGAGCUAUAUGAUGUCUUUCUUUUCAUAUUUUUUUUUCAAAGUAGAUUGUAAAGAAGAAAGAAAAAAUGUGUGGAGUUGUAGAGUUCCGGAGAGGCGCUGUGGGUGGACUCUUGUGUUGUGAGCUCACUAAGGCCAGACAUACCAAGCUACCCAUUCUCUAGCAGGGAGUGGACGGCGUUCUCACCAGACGCAGCCCUCCACGAGCACGGAAUGGGGAGUCUCUCUCCCUCCCCCCUCCCUCCCUCCCUCUUCUCUACCUGGGAGUUUGGACAUCAGUAUGUUGUGUGAGCUGUGUGCCCACCACAUGGGUGCGUGUGUCGGAAGCACGUGCCGCUACUCUCGCAGUAGCCCUCUCUCUGUUUUGUGCCAGCACCCCCUCGCUGGUGUCGAGUGACCUCGCAGCACCCCCUGGCUGGUGUCGAGUGACCUCGCAGCGCCCCUGGCUGGUUCAGCGACUCACGGGCCGGCUUCUCGUUGUCACUGGCAACAGGCCGAAAGUGCUGGCACAAAAUGGCUGGAAUAAUUUUUUUUUUUUUUUGUUAUUCGCAGGAGAAUAACAAAACUCUGUCCAAAAAAAAAAUUGUAACAAAACAUGUUUUUUCAGGGGACAUUGUGGAAACGUUAAUAAAAAAAAAACUAGAUUGAUGUACUUUGCUAUUUUCCCAACGUCCCUCAUUUGUUUGUGCUGGUUACAGAAUUUCCAUUUCUUUGUGAGCUGAAUACGAAAAAUUCCCUGGUUUCUUCCUCAUUUAUAAGAAGAUGGUUUACAAACUCGGUAUGGCUGGUCUUAUGUGUGGCUGAUUAGGUUUCUCAUUCAUUUGGAAGUAGCUAUUUUUAUUUCUAAUAAAAUUCUUUCAUUGAUUGAAA